AUCAUCUGCAAGUCAAUGAAAUGGAGAGGUGAUUUAUUUGUGAUAGGUAUUUGUGGUUACCAUAGACUAUUAACGUCAACAAAUAGGUAUUUCUUCUCGUAUGAAAAAUAGCUAAAAACUAAACAAUGCCACAGUCUGCGACUAAAUUUCAACUUGCAAGAUGUGUGAAGUAUGGUCCUCCCGAGAGGUCUGACGCAGAGUUAAGAAAACUGGAAAAAUCUUUUAUACUAGAUUGUGUUUUUGUUGGAACUCUCUCCGAUGAUUCGGGUCGCGCCAAUCCUAAAAUGGCUACAGCAAUUCCUCCAUACAAUGGUCAAAAGGACAAGUACGCUCGAAACUAUUUUGAAUGCCCUUCAGUGCACAAGGUUUUAAGGAAAACUGGACAGGAUGCAAAUCAAGGAGAUUCCUUGUGUGGCAAACAAAUGGACAGAUUCUAUCUUACAGGAAGUAUGGGGAGAAAUAUUCAAUUAAGAAAUCAAAAUGGAGCAGGAAAUUCAAAAGAAAUGGUCCGAGGUCAUGGUCUGUUUAUGGAAAACCCUAAACCUAUCAUUGGCUGCUAUGGCUUGUAUGGUUUUAGAAGAAAUACACCAUGGCUUCGUCAAAAACCUUCUGUCUUUAUUGGUAAAGUUGACAAUCGAUCAUUAGUUCCUUGAUGGAUUAACAUUUUGUUGUGUGAUCUUGGUGAAUUUUGUGGAUUUAAUCGUACUUAUCUACGUACAAUUGUUUCAAGGCAUGUUUUACUAUAAAAGAUAUACGUAUCUUUUGACAGAGCUGCUCUUUUUAAAAAGAUUUCGUCUAUUUUUUGUUGCUAUAAGAUUGUAGCAUUACAGUCACAUAAUUUGCUCCUUAACAAGUUAGUUGAGAUAUUAGAAGCUAUGAAUGAAUGACUUGUGUGUUGAUGUGGCCCUUCAAGCUGAUUAAAUAUAUGAUUGUUUGCCAAAA